AUGCCGGCUAAGAAAAGGACUAGAAAGACGGUAAAAAAAACCGUAUCAUUCUCUGAUGACACAACAUUAACAACGCACCAAAAUCGUGAGAAAAAAAAUGUAGAUCAUGAUCGUCCACCUGUAUAUGUGAGGAAAGCCCCCCUGAUGACAUUCCCAUACCAUUUAAUAGCGUUGCUUUAUUACUACAUUUUCGUAUCUUCCAAUUUCAAUACGGUGAAAUUACUGAGUUUUUUGAUUCCUACACAAGUUGCUUAUUUAGUUUUGCAAUUCAAUAAAUGCACAGUUUAUGGUAACAAAAUCAUCAAGAUCAAUUACUCUUUGACCUUGAUUUGUCUAGGUGUUACAUUUUUGUUAAGCUUUCCUGCAAUGUUAUUAACUAUUUUAUUCGGUGCGCCAUUAAUGGACUUAUUGUGGGAAACUUGGCUAUUGUCACUGCAUUUUGCAUUUUUAGCAUACCCUGCAGUUUAUUCUGUAUUUAAUUGUGAUUUCAAAGUGGGGUUAUGGAAGAAAUAUUUCAUCUUUAUUGUUGUAGGCAGUUGGAUUAGUUGUGUUGUUAUUCCUUUAGAUUGGGAUAGGGAUUGGCAAAAUUGGCCAAUCCCAAUUGUUGUUGGAGGGUAUUUGGGCGCUUUGGUUGGCUAUACUAUCGGUGCUUAUAUAUAA